CUCGCCUUUGUCGCCAUCUCGAGCUAGGGUUUACCGUACGCUCCCUCGCCUCGCGUCCCCCUCUUCCGAUUUCCAGCGGUGGUGGAGCGCAUGGACGGCGCCGAAGGGCCGACGGCGGCGGGCUCGGAGACGGGUCUGGAGCUCUCGUGUGGGGGAUUCGAUUUCGCGUUCAACUCGCAGAACUUCUCUGACAGGGUGCUGCGGCUGGAGAUAGUCGCGGGCGGCAGCAGCGGAGACGUGGUCGCCGGAGGAUCCCUCGCCGGCUCGGAGCGCGGCAGCAACGAGGAAGUUUUACGAGUAAAGACGAUGUAUAUCAACUCAGCAAUUCUUGCUGCAAGAAGUCCUUUCUUUCUCAAGCUUUUCUCAAAUGGCAUGAAAGAAUCUGAUCAGACAUGCCCAACGCUUAGGAUAGCUGAUUCAGAUGAAAAUGCCCUUAUAGAGCUUUUAAGCUUUAUGUAUAGUGGAAAGCUGACAACAACUGAGCCCACUUUUCUUCUUGACAUCUUGAUGGCCGCGGACAAAUUUGAAGUCGUUUCUUGCAUGAGGCACUGCUGUCAGUUGCUCAGAAGUUUGCCUUUGACAACAGAAUCUGCACUGCUCUACCUAGAUCACCCAUACUCUUUGUCAAUGGCAGCUGAAGUUCAGCUUUUGAAAGGUGCUGCCAAGGAAUUCCUCGCCAACAAAUACAAGGAUUACAAUAAGUUCCGACUGGAUAUGAUGAACAUUUCUCUUGCUGGUAUGGAAGCCAUACUUUCAAGUAGUGACCUACAUGUGGAAUAUGAAGAUCAGUUAUUCUACCUCAUGCUCAAGUGGGCCCGUGUGCGAUACCCGGAAUUGGAGGAAAGACGUGAGAUCUUGAGUUCUCAUUUGCUCCCGCUGGUUCGCUUCAGUCAUAUGACCUACAGGGCGUUUCAGAGGAUCCUAACUUGUACCGAUAAUGACAUAGACCAUGAUCAAGUAACUAAGCUUAUCACUGGGGUACUUCUGUGCAAAGCCUAUCCUGCACACAAGCCAGGUGCUCUUGCAGCGUGUGCGACCUCUUGUUUGCCAGUUGCAGAGCGAGCUUACAAGUAUAGACAUCUGAAAGUGGUUGUGUUUGAUAAACCCCGCCCGCAGGUUAUAGCUUACAUGGACCUGAAGCGUGAGGAAUGCGCCCAACUUCUUCUGUCACAACAUAUAUUCUCGCAACCACUCCAUGUUGCAGGUCAGUGUUUUGUUCUUAUGGCAAGAUGUAACAAUCAUGAGCAGAGUGGGUCGUACAGAUUUGGCCUCUUCUUGUGGUUCAACCCGGUGCUGAAGGGCUCAAGGCGUGUGACAGUAGAUUAUGAGUUUGCUUCAAGGACAAUGCCUUCACGGCAGUUUGUGAGCAAGUUGAAUGCUAGUCACACCUUCACUGAUGAUGUAGCAGUUGGACAUAGUGAUCUCUUCUCGGUUCCAUGGUCAACGUUGAUGGCUGACGAUGGCUUCUUCAUCGAUGGUGUACUACAUCUCAGACUUGAUUUGACGGUGGUUGGGCAGAUGGAGCCGCAAACGUGAUAUCUUACUCAGCAAAGUUAGGUUUAUGGCUUGCUUGUGAUCCUUGCUUAAUCCCGCCUGCCAAAAUGAUUUGAGGUCCUGCCCAAAGAGGAAGAAACAGCCAGGGUCCAUCCGCAGAUUGCUUAGCCACUGCCAACCGAAUGUGGUUCUUUUCCAUGACCAUGUUCUUUCAAUAGCUAAGAUGUUGCAGCAUUUUCUGGUGCGUUUUGCUCCUUUGUCUGUCAGAGUUGUAACAGGCAAGAUAGCAGCCGGGUCCUAUGAUCUUGCUGUUCCUUUUGUUGGAUAUAGGCAAGGGGUUUAAGCUUUUAGCGUACGGCUUGCAGCUGAGUCGUAUGAUGUUUUACCUCCUGAUGUGUAAUGUAGACCUGAAGAUGCAUGCCACUUUGCUCUUCUUUUCUUUUCUGUUGAACCCAACUAUUAAUGGAAUCUGUCUAUA